CUGCUGGUGGCAGUGUUUCUGCUGGUCAGCGGCAGCUACAUUUUGGGCAGGGGCCGGCCGGACCAGACGCGCGGGGUCGGGGCGAUAGUCGAGGCGGUGCUGCUUGUAGCGAGCGUUCUGUUCACGCUGUGGGUGCUGGCACGCGAGUCACGGCUGGAGGCACAUGAGCUGGACCGACGGCUGCGCGCAAUCGGGGCAGAGAUCCGCGGGUGGUCCGGCACAUACGCGGAGUUGCGCACGCCCCAGCUGCCGACGGUGACGGCCUAUACGGUUCUGCGGGACGGCGUAUGGCGGGAUGUGCCGACGCUGCUGGUGGUGGAAGGUGACGUGGUGGCGAUCGGAUUUGGCGAAGUAGUGCCGUGCUCGGUAGCGCUGCGCACAAGCAGCACUGCAGUGCAGGAGGACUUUGUGCUGGUGCGUGGCCAGCGGUUCACGCCCGACACAAUGCGGCUCGCGACAAUCGGCAGCCCGCGGCCCGAGGAGCGUUGGCGGCCAUGGGACCCUGCGACGAUUGGGUUUCCGGAGCUGGCCGGGCGCAUGCUGUUCUGCGUCCUGGAGACACCGCUCGGCAACCACCUGGAGCAGAUCGCGAUACACCAUCGGCGGACCGGUCGCUCAGUGCUGCAGAGCCAGAUGCGGAUCGUGAUCCGGCUGUGUGCGCUGCGGAUCCUGCCUGUAGUUGCGCUGGUCGCACUGGCCACCAACCUGGUCAUGUAUGGCGUGGUGGAUAUCAGCCAGCGGUCGUUCCGGUGGAUGGGCGUCGAGGUUGUGCUGGCCAAGACCGCGUAUGUCUUGUUUCCCUUUGCCUGCACCACGCUGUGGCCGGUGUUCUGGGUCGUGGCGCGCAUCUUUACCAACGCCACCGAGGUUGUGCUGUUUGAUACGCUGCAGCGCAGCAAGACCGACUACGAGGACAUGGAGCAUAUCGAUGAAUUUGAUGUCGAGGCAUUGCCACCGACCAAGGACGUUGUAGUUGGCUUUGGACCCAUCUGGACGCGCAUGCGGUGGCUCAUGACCAACUGCGACUACCGCAAUCUGUCACGCUCCAGUAAUCUGUCCGAGACGCUGGGCAGCAUCACGGUCAUCUGCAGCAUUGACAAAGAGGGCACAAUAGCAGAGCCAUUCUGCUCGCCGGAGCAGGUGGUUGUACCGGACAGGACCGACGAGUACGCGAUCCUGGACUUUGCCGAGCAGUUGGUCGGCACCGACAGGAUCCCGUUUAUUAUCGACGAGGGCUGGGAGAAGUACUUGCCAGCGCUAAAAACCAUCGGGCUCAACUGCUGUCUCAACACUGCCGCCCAUGACUCACUGAAGCAGAAAAGCGACCCGACACACCGCCGCCGCGACUGCAUGCGCUACCACGGCAAGAUUCUGCCGUCGCAAGACACAUGUCUGUGCAAGGUCGGCCGCGCCAUUGGGUUUGCCCCCGAAGACGUGGCCAUGUAUCGCAAGCUGAAGGAGGUCGACGUCUUCGCACCGUUCCACCAGGCAACCGAGUCGACACACCAAAAGGACAUAUUCUGCGAGGCCAGCUUUGCGUCGAUGGUGUUUCGCAACGCCGAGACUCCGGAUGGCCUGCAGCUGUUCAGCAACGGCAACGUCGAACUCAUCAUGAACAUGUGCCUAGACUACUAUGACGGCACUGAGAUCAAGGCCCUGGAUGACCGCACCAUCUCGCAGUACUACUCGCUGUACCUGAACGCCCUGCAGCAAGAUCUCCAAUGUCUGGCCUUCUCGUACCGCCCGCUCAGCAUCGAUACCAAGAAAAUCCGCUGGGAUGAUACGCGGGUCAGCGGGCCCAGCGGCACUGCUGUCGACGAUGAUUCCAUCCAGCACCAGGAUGUCCCAGAGUACAAUCCGUCGUUUGAGGAAGAUUUCAGCGAGCACGAUGCGCUGUCGGAUCUGCCUGAAUAUCUUCAGCUGGAUGCGCGGUCCUUUGCCGCUCACCCAUCUGCUAAAGCAUCGCUGGUUGCCUCGGCAGCCAGUGAGCCUGAUCUCGACUAUCCGAAACCGAUGCUGGAUACCUUCAAUGACGAGGAGGGCUUCCUGCGCGAUGCUGUUUCCGAGCAGAUUUUCCUUGGCCUGGUUACCUUCGCCUAUGACCCAAAGACGGAUGUAUGCGAUUUCAUCGAGGAUUUGUCUAUCGCUGGCAUCCGGUUCGUGUAUUUCUCGCGAUCCAAGGGGCGCCAGAGCAAGUCGUUUGCAGAGCGGCUCGGGCUCGAGACCGACUGGAACACGUGCAUCUUGCUGAGCUCGCCUACCGACGAAACUGGGGAUGACGGGUAUGUUGAGGACCACGACAUAAAAGCGCGCCUGCCACGCGGCAUUGAGAACAUCCGCUCGCAUCUGGAAGAGGUCGAUGACAUCCCGCUGCAGAUAUCGUUGUUUGCCGAGUGCACGCCGGACGCGACCCGCGAAAUGAUCAAUAUAUUCCAAGAGAACGGCGACGUUGCGUGCUGUAUCGGGAGCGCGCUGAGGGACUCGAACACGCUGACCUUUGCUGUGGCCGAUCUGGCUGUCGGCGUCGAGCCGAUUCCGCACUUUAAUCGCAUCCUGUUCAAUGUUACUCAGUAUGCACUAGGUGCGGCGCUGACGUGCAUUCCAUGCCCGCUGUUCCUGCAGCACGACACUAGCCUGUAUACCCUGAUGCAGGUUAUCCGCGAGGCGCGUCGCCUCGUCAGCUGUAUGCAGCAGUGUGCGGUGCUGCUAAUCAUGGCGUGCCUGGUGCUGGUCCUGGUGAAUCUGAUCUCCUCGCUGUGUCUCCUGCCGCCCGCGCUGAACGGUUACCUGACCAUGUGGUGUUUGUGGGUCAUUGCGCCUAUGCUUGGUGCAUCGAUGCUCUUUGUGCCGCACGACGAGAAUAUCAUGUCGACGCUGCCGCCCAAGAACCACGGCCACCUGGCGGAUAUCCGGCGGUUCGCUGUGUAUGCGACCAUCCGGAUGCUGCCAGCUGUCGCCCUGACUGUGCUUGUAUACGUCACUGCAUUGCAGAAAACUAUGCCGGGCGUGUCGAGUCUGGGCAAGCUGUCGUCGGUGUUUGGCAAGCGCGACUGGAUGGAGCUGGACCCGAGCGAGCAGUGGGCGCUGCUGACUGCGCAAGUGUGCGCGAUGGUCGCACUGGUGUACAACUGCGUAUGUAUUUCGUCUACACUGAUGUUUAGGACGCGCACAUCGAUCGAGUUUUUGCCAUUCCGCAAUGUCGUCUGGUCGGUGUGCUCUGCGGUGUCC